AUGUUUAGGGAUAAUUUCCCCAACAUUAUUAUAGCAAAGAAAAAGCAGAUUUUUCAAACUCAAAAGCGGUUCGCCUAUUACAGGUUUCACAAGAGGGUUGGAAAAGGGUCAUGGGUAAAGUACGUAGAGAGAUAUAAAAUACCUAGGAGCAUAGAAAACACACAAAGGUUAAUAUUUAAUUAUGAAGGAAGCUAUUCCGAAAAGAAAUUAUCCUGUAGCUGGCAAUGGAUGCUACCAAAGAAAAUUGCUCAAAGUACUACAUCAGAUGAAGUAUUAAAUGUAUGGGUGUAUUAUCGGCAUAAGAGAAAAAAGGCAUACCAUUAUAUGAAAGUUUUAAAAAGGCUAGUUGAUGUUGGUACUUGCUCAACUAGCGAUUGGAGAUUUAAGCUUAUUACAUCAAGGAUACAAAAUAAAAUUAAUACUUUUUUAAAUUUACCAAGAAUAUGUUAUUACUAUGGUAGGUUAAAAGCUACAGCACAGUUAGAAAAUAUAAUCAAAAUAUUAAAUCAUAGACUUACCUCUUAUAUGCCCCACCAAUUAAUAUUAAUUUUAAAAGCAUUUUCCUUAUGUAAACUUCAGGAUAAAUACCUUUUUAAUCGAAUACGUGGUUUAUUACAGCCUCAUAUCAAAACUGUCCCUUUUUAUUACCUAACGUUAAUUGUUGAAAGUUAUUCGUUUUGUUUAAUUCACGAUUACUUAUUUUUUAACCAGAUAGCGAAUGAGAUAAUUUAUCGACUGAAUUUAUGCAAUAAUAAAUAUGUAAUAAAGUCGGAUGAUCAUUAUGACGGAGUGAAUGCACUUACAGAUGAAAUACCCCCAAAUGUGAUUAGCGAAAAAGAGGGGUCACAAAAUAGACCUGUUGAAAAUGGAUAUGAACAUGGUCAUAAUUUUGUUAAGGAUGAAAAAGACAGUUUAAAAGUUAUCUUAGAAACAGACUACGCAUUAAUAAAAUACAAACAAGAACAUUUUAACUAUUACCCUAGUAUGAAAAAUUUAAUAGAUAUAUCUUAUUUUUUUUCAAAUUUAAAAUUUCAACAUUAUUUAUUUUUUGAUUAUAUAAGUAUGUACAUUAUGUACAUGUUAAGAACUGAUCAGAAUUGCUUAACCCCAUAUUUAAUCGAAAAAGCAGUAAGCUCAUUUUAUAAAUUAAAAAUAAAUGAUAUAAUACUAUUUGAACAUAUUUUAAAGCAUAUAGAUAUAUAUAUAUAUGAUUAUCCUCCUAGUGUAUUAUGUUCUAUUGGGUUUUAUUUUUCAUCCAUCUUACCAGUACAUUAUUCCGAAAUUUAUAAAAUUUUUAAAAAAAUAUUCUUGCAUGUUCAGAAAUAUAUGAACAUUUUGAAUUUAGACUCUUUAACGAAAUAUUGUUGCUUAAUUCAUAAGGGGACAAAAAAUAAAAAAAUUCAGAAAGAAAUUUUAUCUCAUAUAAAUGAAGAAAUAAAAAGGAACGAUAACAAAAAUGAUAAAGUAGUUUAUGAUAUACCAAGAAUUAUUGAAAUAUUAUCCUUUCACAAUUGUAUUGAUGAAGAUUCUUUUACUAUUUUAUGUAAACAUCUCCAUAUCCAUUUGAAACAUUUCGAACCGUGCGAUUUUAAUAGGGUAGCAAGAGCAUUAUUGAACGUAAAAAUUAAGCAAAAUAUUUAUGAUGAAAAGAUAAUCAAUGCUAUUGCAAGAAAUGUAAUAAAACAUCAUGAUCUCUUUCAUAUAAUAGAUUAUCACCAAACAAUUAAAUCUUUACUAAAAAUGAAUGUAGUCAAGGAUAUUUACAAAAUAUAUUUAAUUAAACACCAUAUCAAUGUACCCUUUUAUGGUUUUGACGAAUUAAAGAUAGACACUCAACUGCCAAAGGAGGUAAAAAAAUCAGUCUAUCGGUACAAAAAGGGGACCAUAUACUUUUCAAACAAAAAGAUUGAACAAGAGUACCCCUUGUACAAGAGCAUAGAGGGAUGA